AGAGAGAGAGAGAGAGAGAGAGAGAGAGAGAGAGAGAGAGAGUGGGUGGAUUGGGAGGCAAACGACUUUGACAGUUUCAAAAAAAGUGAUUAAAGUUGUAGCAGACAGCAGCAGAGAGCAGAGUAAUGGAGCCACAAGAGAUCAGAGAGGGGUACUUGGUGAAAAAGGGUACAUUGCUAAACUCCUGGAAGGCAGUGUGGGUGGUGCUGUCAGAAGAUGGGGUGGAAUUCUAUAAAAAGAAGACAGACCGUUCUCCAAAAGGAAUGAUCCCACUAAAGGGAGCAACACUUGUCAGUCCUUGCCAGGAUUUUGGCAAGAGGAUGCUGGUUUUCAAACUUACCACUGACAAGAAGCAGGAUCACUUCUUCCAAGCCUCACAUAUGGAAGAGAGAGAGUUUUGGGUGAAGGACAUCAAGAGGGCCAUUACCUGCCUGCAGGGGGGGAAAAGGUUUGCCAGGAAGUCCACGAGACGCUCCAUUCGCCUGCCUGACAAGAUAAACCUGAACGAGCUGUACACACUGAUGAAAGACCAGGAUGAUGGAGUGAAAGAGUUAAGACUGGAGCAGGAAAAUCGUGUUUUCAACCACUGCUUCACCGGUGCAACUGUGGUAGAGUGGCUGAUUUCGAAGGAAAAAGCCAGAAAUAGGCCCGAGGCCCUUAUGUUAGCAACAGGGCUCCUGAAUGAGGGUUUUCUCCAGCCUGCAGGUGACAUGGCAAAAGACGGAGCUGAAGGUGGAGAGCAAACAACCUUCUUAGAUCAGACACAUGCUCUUUACUACUUUGCUGACAGUGGGUUCUUCUGUGAGGGCUACUCCAGUGAUGAGGAUGUGCUUGUGAAGGAAGAAUUCCGAGGAAACAUCAUAAAACAAGGGUGUUUACUUAAACAGGGACAUAGAAGAAAAAACUGGAAGGUGCGAAAGUUCAUACUGAGAGAUGACCCUGCUUAUAUGCAUUAUUAUGAUCCCUCUAAGGGUGAUGACCCUCUGGGCUCGAUCCAUCUCCGUGGGUCUGUGGUUACGGCUGUGGAGUUUGUGCCUGAUGCCAAAAAAUACGACAUUGACGGCAACCUCUUUGAGAUAAUCACCUCAGAUGAGGUCCACUACUUCCUCCAAGCUGCUACAGCUGAAGAAAGAAAGGAGUGGAUCAAAGCAAUACAGACGGUGUCAAAAAGUGGGAAAUAACAGGAGCAGUGGAGCAGUAGUGGAAUAUCUGCCAGCCACAGUUGAAACUAUAUUUUAAUUUUUUAAGUUUUAUGAUUACAUUUAACAGUGUGUCAGCUAACUACAACAUAGGGAAUUGGUUCAGACAAUGCGCAUAUUACAGACAAUGCACAGUAUAAAGAUUAUAUGAAAGACAAAUGAUAUACUUAAAGUGUGUUUGUGGUAGUGCAAAUGAUCAUGUGUGUCACAAUGAAAUUCUGAUGUAUGAGUAUUUGUAUAAUGCAGGGUGUAAUAACUAUCUGAAGAAAUGAGUAGCUAUGGCGUAGCAGAUGAUACAUAUUAUCGUAAUGUUGCAUUGAGAAUAACUGGAAAGUUUACACUAUACUUAUCAAACUAUGAUGUUUUUGUGCUGUGCGAACUAACCAAAGAAAAGGAAAAGUUGCCUAAGUUUAACAGUGUAAAGUUGUAUCACUAAUGCCUAAUUACAUUUUUGUGUACAAAUGCUGUCACUGCACUGUGAUGAGUGAAUAUAUUGUUAAACCAGUAGCAAUUUGUAUCCCAGCUCAGAAAUAACAAGAUAAUAAGGCAUUACAUUGUGAAAAUAACAGGUAAUAAUGGGGUAAUGACCCUCCUAAUAACCUAUUCAUAUUUUGGUAAUAACAAUGACAACAUGUUUACUAAUAUUAGGGUUUAUUUUCUCUAAUAAGGAACAUUAGAGCAAAAAAAUGAAAGUAAUCUGUCAAGAACAGCUUGAUAAAAAUAGGAACAGAAAUGGAAAAUGUCACUAUGCCAAUAAGAGGGUAAUAAAGACACAUAAAUUCCUAUUAUUGAGUAAUAAUUGCAUAAUGUGGUUAUUAAUACUAGUAAGAUAAGUACUAAUAUUGCUGAUAAUACAGAAAUAGUUAAUAACAGUAAUACCCACUAUCACUCCAUACAUGAUUUAGAGCUCAUUACUUUUACCAAGAUAUUAUCAGGCUAUUACUUGUGUCAUUAAUGCCUCAGUAGCGCCCGGUGUGAAGAUAUAAGGCCAUAUUACCUUGUUGUUACUGAGCUAGAAUAUAAAGAGCCAGUGUCUUAAUGGAGAUAUCUCAGAUUCUGCUACCUAAAAAAAGUUAUAUUGUCUUGUAUAUUGUCUUUUAUAAACUGUACGCUGUGGUUUUAUCACUAGCUAACCAGACAGACAAGCAGACUAAUUUUACUCUAUUUUGCAUAACAGACAUGAAGGGAAGUGGUUUCCUAAGAGAGCUGCUCUGUGACCUUCAGAUAUGGACGAUCUACAAUUAUGUGGCAGCUGCUGAAUCCUUAAAUGUCCAAAGUCACAAACUCAAAGCACUGUCUGUUUGACUGUAAAAGGAAGUAAGACAGAGAGAGGAAAGCCAUGCAGAAUUUUGGUUGGAGGCUUAUUAUUCAGCCCAAUGUUUUUUUCUGACUUCCUCCCUGUAUACUUAUCUUUCAAAAGUUUGAGACAGUUUGAGGUAUCAUACAAACACACGCAGUUCCUGAGCGUGAACUAAGUCUGAAUCAUAUUCCGCCUUCACACUUGUGUCACUUUGUGGCUUGUAUGUCUCUUGUAUAUGUGAGAAAAUUCAGUGACAAAAAAUGACUAGCCUGAGCCACAGUAUGACUACAUUAAAAAAACACAUCUGUCUGUUAGAGUUUUAAAGUGAUGAUAACUGAGGGGAACAUAAUAUAACUGAAGUGAAUAUAACAUCUAGUCUAUUACAACUUGGACAUCAAUUCUAUCAGUAGUAAUUUUAUACUUAACAAGGGAUUUGUUGAGAUCUGAAAUAGUGACAAAUAAAUCAGUUCUUUAAUCCAUUAAUCUCACUUUGAUAUGAUCAAACUCUUCCUUUUUGUACAUGUUAACUUUUGCCAUUUUGUCACCCUUUACCAAUAAAGUGUUUUCUCCAACAAGG